CUUCAAUCCUUCAGCUGAAAACUGUUUCAGCAGCUUCCCGAGCAAGAUGAAGAUUCUGGUGCUACUCGUCGUGUGUUUCCAAGUGAUGGGAAUUCUAACUGAAGAUGCCAUUCAGUCGAAUUUUACGUUGAACUUUUUCCGCCACUGCUAUCGAGCUAAUCCAAAUCAGAAUACGAUCAUAUCGCCAAUAGCAGUUCACACUCUGCUGGCGAUGAUGUACGAGGUGGCCCAAUCGGAUGUGGCCGCAGAACUGAGACGCGUUCUGGAGCUUCCGUCUAACCCGGAGGUGAUUCGAAAAAAUAUCCACAAAAUCAAGUCAAGCUUCAACAAUGACGCCCUGCGUAUGGUUUUCCAAAUGUACCACUCCAAUGUCUACGCCAUUCGACCAGAGAUUCAGCGCACUUUCGAAAAUCAGUUCCAAGUGCCCGUGGAAUCGGUGAACUUUAAUGAGGGUCAAAAGGUGGCCGACUCUGCCAAUCGAUGGGUGGAAAAUGCUACCAACUUCAUGAUCCGGGAUCUCUUCUCCCAGGAAGAUUUCUCCCAAGAUAACGUAAUGAUGCUGCUGAAUGCCGUAGCUAUGAAUGCCACUUGGGAUAUGCCAAUUUUUCCGAGGAAAAACUCGGAAGGCAGUUUUCCACUUUAAAAUGGGGAUCACGAAGUGGACAUGAUGUUCAAUCACAACUUUUUUCCGUUCUGCUCAGUGGCUGGGUUGAAUGUCUUAGAACUAGAAUAUUCCUUCGGCACAGAUCUAUCGAUGCUGAUAAUUAUGCCAGAGCCCGGAAAAUCCAUUUCUGUUGCCCUGGAUCUUCUGAACGAUCAACAAAUUUUGGAUCAAAUUAAUCGCAAACUUAGCCAGUACCAAAGGCACCUUCACCUGCACAUGCCCAAGUUCUCAAUUGUUCAGAAAACAAAUGCCGAAGACAUUCUAUCAAGCAUGGGUUUGGAUUCGAUCUUUCUAGAGGAUGCUUUCCCAACCAGUGAUGUUCCCUCGAAGGUGUCAAGCAUCAAGCAAAACGCACGAAUCGAUGUCACCGAAAGCGGAACUACUGCCGCUGCUGUAACUGAAUUUCGAACGGACCGCAUCUCUUCCCCUUCACCGCUGUUCGUUGACCGGCCCUUCGUUUUCGUUAUUCGGAAGCAAUCUUCGAAGGAGAUAAUCUUCAUUGGGCAGUAUUCAAUCUUCCAAUAGAAUGACUAAACCGGCUUUCGAAUAUUGAAACUAUCGUAUAGGAAAAAUAGAACAAAAUUUAAUGAACGAUUC